AUGCCUAGACCUCCACCUCCCUUUCCAGAGAGGUUGGUGAAAAAGACAGAAGAAGGAAAAUACCGCAGGUUUAUAGCUAUGUUGAAACAAUUUUCCAUCAAUGCUCCGCUGAUAGAAGCAUUGGAGAAAAUGCCUAGGUAUUCGAAGUUCAUGAAGGAUUUGGUGACCAAAAAGAGGGCUGCCAGUUUUGAAAGUGAAGACAAGUUGCAGCAUUGUAGCGCCAUUGCUACUAGGUUACUUGUACAAAAUAAAAAGGAUCCUAGUGCUUUCACUAUUCUAUGUACAAUUGGUAUGUUGCACUUUGCAAAGGCCUUGUGUGACUUAGGUGCUAGCAGUAACUUGAUGCCAAUGUCGAUUAGAAAAAGUUGGGUUGAUUUUGAGGUCCCCAUCAUCUUUGGGAGACCAUUUCUUACUACUGGGUGUGGAUUGGUUUAUAUGGAGAGAGGGCAGAUGAAGUUUUGGUUGAACAAUAAAGAGGUAACUUUUAAUAACUGUCGGUCUAUGAAGCAUGAAAGUGAUCUUAAGUUGGUGUCGGUAGUCAAUCAUACUGUGGAGCAAGAAUCAGAAGUGGCUAUUGAAGAGAGGUUAGGUGUUGAAGCACUAGCAGCUGUUCUUCCAUCUUACUUGCGGGAUGUAUUUUUGGGCCAGAAUAACACGUUGCCAGUUAUUAUUGCUGCUGAUCUGAGUGAAGGGCAAGUAGAGGCUUUGACAUCGGUAUUGAAGCGGUUUAAAAGGGAUAUAGGUUGGACCAUUGCAGAUAUAUUAGGAUUCCACCGGGCAUUUGUUCUCAUAAGAGUCAACUCACACCGGACAACAAACCAAGUGUUGAAUAUCAACGAAGACUGA